ACAAAUCGCACGGAUCUUUAUAAGGACAAUUACUCUUUUGAUGCGCAUGGUUAUGAGUUUGAACAAAGAUAAAGGCAGGUCCUUUAUUUCUAAAUAUAAUGGCAGAAGGAAAACUUUCCUCACCAUAUUGUGUGUGUGGUGGACUGUUUGUGGAGGAACAGCUACCACAACAACAGCUCCAACAACCACAACUGAGGCCCCAACUACCACAACAAUAGCUCCAACAACUACAACUGAGGCUCCAACUACAACAACAACAGCUCCAACAACCACAACUGAGGUUCCAACUAGCACAACAACAGCUCCAACUACCACAACAACAGCUCCAACAACUGAGGCCCCAACAACCACAACAACACCUCCAACUACCACAACAACAGUUCCAACAACAACAAAUGAGGCCUCAACUACCACAACAAUAGCACCAACAACUACAACUGAGGCUCCAACUACCACAACAACAGCUCAAACAACCACAACUGAGGUUCCAACUACAACAACAACAGCAGCACCAACAACCACAACUGAGGCUCAAACAACCACAACAACAGCUCCAACUACCACAACAACAGUGCCAACAACAACAGCUGAGACUCCAACUACAACAACAACAGCUCUAACAACCACAACUGAGGUUCCAACUACCACAACAACAGCUCCAACUACCACAACAACAGCUCCAACAACCACAACUGAGGCCCCAAGUACCACAACAAUAAUUCCAACAACCACAACAACAGCUCCAACAACCACAACUGAGGCCCCAACAACCACAACAAUAGCUCCAACAACUACAACUGAGGCUCCAACUACAACAACAACAGCACCAACAACCACAACUGAGGCCCCAACUACCACAACAACAGCUCCAACAACUACAACUGAGGCUCCAACUACCACAACAACAGCUCCAACAACCACAACUGAGGCCCCAACUACCACAACAAUAGCUCCAACAACUACAACUGAGGCUCCAACUACAACAACAACAGCUCCAACAACCACAACUGAGGCUCCAACUACCACAACAACAGCUCCAACAACCACAACUGAGGCCCCAACUACCACAACAACAGCUCCAACAACUACAACUGAGGCUCCAACUACAACAACAACAGCUCCAACAACCACAACUGAGGCUCCAACUACCACAACAACAGCUCCAACAACCACAACUGAGGCCCCAACUACCACAACAACAGCUCCAACAACUACAACUGAGGCUCCAACUACAACAACAACAGCUCCAACAACCACAACUGAGGCUCCAACUACCACAACAACAGCUCCAACAACCACAACUGAGGCCCCAACUACCACAACAACAGCUCCAACAACUACAACUGAGGCUCCAACUACAACAACAACAGCUCCAACAACCACAACUGAGGCUCCAACUACCACAACAACAGCUCCAACAACCACAACUGAGGCCCCAACUACCACAACAACAGCUCCAACAACUACAACUGAGGCUCCAACUACCACAACAACAGCUCCAACAACCACAACUGAGGCCCCAACUACCACAACAACAGCUCCAACAACUACAACUGAGGCUCCAACUACAACAACAACAGCUCCAACAACCACAACUGAGGCUCCAACUACCACAACAACAGCUCCAACAACCACAACUGAGGCCCCAACUACCACAACAACAGCUCCAACAACUACAACUGAGGCUCCAACUACCACAACAACAGCUCCAACAACCACAACUGAGGCUCCAACUACAACAACAACAGCUCCAACAACCACAACUGAGGUUCCAACUACCACAACAACAGCUCCAACAACCACAACUAAGUCCCCAACUACCACAACAACAGCUCCGACAACCACAACUGAGGCUCAGACAACCACAACAACAGCUCCAACUACCACAACAACAGCUUCAAGAACCACAACUGAAGCUCCUACCACAACAAUAGCUCCAACAACAACAGCUACAACUACCACAACAACAGCUUCAACAACCACAACUGAGGCUCUAACUACAACAACAACCACUCCAACUACCACAACAAUUGCUCCAACAACUACAACUGAGGCUCCAACUACCACAACAACAGCUCCCACAACUGAGGUUACAACUACCACAACAACUGUUCCAACAACUGAGCUCCCAAUAACCACAACGACACCUCCAACUACAACAACAAUAGCUCCAACAACCACAACAACUGCUCCAACAACAACUGAGACUCUCACUACCACAACAACAGCUCUAACAACCACAACUGUGGCUCCAGCAACCACAACAAAAGCUUCAACUACCACAACUACAGCACCAUCAACUACAACAAUAGCUCCAACAACAACAACUCAGGCUCCAACUACCACAACAACAUCUCCAACAACCACAGCUGAGACUUCAACUACCACAACAACAGCUCCAACAACCACAACAACAUCUCCAACUACCACAACAACGGCUCCAACUACCACAACAACGGCUCCAACUACCACAACAACUGUUCUAAGAUCCACAACUGGUACACCAACAACAACAACUGAGGCUCUAACUAUCACAACAACAGCUCCAACAACCACAACUGAGGCUCCAACAACAACAACUGAGGCUCCAACUACAACAACAACCACAACAACAGCACCAACAAUUCCAUCAAUAGCUCUAACAACCACAACGGAGGCCCCAACAACACCUCCAACUACCACAACUACAGCAUCAUCAACUACAACAAUAGCUCCAACAACAACAACAACGGAGGCUUCAACAACAACAACAACAAUAGCUCCAACAACGGAGGCUCCAACAACUGAGGCUCCAACUACCACAACAACAGCUCAAACAACCACAACUAAGGACCUAACUACCACAACAAUAACUCCAACAACAAAAACUGAGCCUCCAAAUACCACAACAACAGCUCCAACAACCACAACUGAUGGUCCAACUACCACAACAACAGCAGCUCCAACAACCACAACUACAGCACCAUCAACUACAACAAUAGCUCCAACAACAACAACUGAGGCUUCAACUACCACAACAACAGCACCACCAACCACCACAAUAGCUCCAACAACCACAACAACAGCUCCAACAACCACAACAACACCUCCAAUUACAACAACCACGGCUCCAACUACCACAGCAACAGUUCCAAGAUCCACAACUGGGGCUUCAACAACCACAACUGAGGCUCCCACUACCACAACUACAGCAUCAACUUCUACAACUGCUCCUAAAUCUACAACUGAGGCUCCAACUACCACAAAAAUAGCUCCAACAACAGCCCCAGCAACCACAGCUGAGGCUCUAACAACCACAACUAAAGCAUCAACUUUAACAACAGCUCCAACAUCUAAAACUGAGGCUCCAACUAUCACAACAACAGCUCCAACAAUCACAACUACAGCACCAACAACUAAUGAGGCUCCAACAACCACAACUACAGCACCAACAACAACAACUGAGGCUCCAACUAUUACAACAACAGCUCCAACAAAUACAAGUGAAGCUCCAACUACCACAACAAAAGCUCCAACAACCACAACUACAGCACAAAUAACUCUAACUGGGGCUCCAACUACCACAACAACAGCUCCAACAACCACAACCGUUGCUUCAACAACCAAAACUAUGGCAACAACUGCAUCAACAGAAACAAGCAUAACGACAUCAACAACUCCAUCUACAGCUCCAAGAACAACAUUGUCACCGACCACCACAACUGUUUCUGUGACAACACCACCAUCACACACAACAGCAAUUCCAAAACUACCAACCACAGCUGAAAAAACAAGCACAGAGUCUCCAAUAACAACCACAGCUGCAUCAAGCUCUACAAUAAAGGCUACCAUGAAAACAACAGUCCGUCCAACCACCACAACUAUUUACCAGUCAGGUACAAAAACAUCUCCAACAACUACAACUCUUCCAAGACCUCUAAGUACAGCUGCAAAAACAGAGACUGAGUCUCCAGCUGCUCAAGCUUCAAUGACAACAAAUAAUACAACAACCUUAAGUAUGACUGCAAUCACAACAACAAAAAGUGUCCCUCCAACUUCUAGGUUGUUCACAAGCACAACACCUGAAACCACCAUGAAAGUCCCAACAAAUACAACUGGAACAACAACACAUACAGCAGCACCCACAGAAACGGAUCUAACGACAUUAACUACAAAAAUGCCUUACAAAACUACAACUUCAACGAAAACAGUCCUAACAACUACAGCAAUCCCAGUGACUUCCCUGACUUCUAAAAACUUGCCAAUAACUUCUUCAGUUACAGGCAAAAGUGUACCCUUAACCACAACAUACAUGACUGGCAUUACCACAAAUGUUGCAACAUCCUUAUCUCCAAUCACUGAAUAUUUGCCCACUGAAAAUUCAACCCUUGCCACACCCAUUUUACCUUUAACCAACACAAUUGGUUCAGCUGAAGUCAUAACAAAACUGCUGUUCAACUCAACAUCUCCAGUUCCUAGUGAAGCUAUGGUCCUCACUGCUAUCAGCAAACUCCAGAACUCUAGAGAGUCAGAACUUCACAAAUCAGUAAAGGUGGUGAAUAUCACAUACGAACAAAUCUCAGAGACCUCUUAUGCAGUCAUCUUUAUAUUUACUCUGAGUAACAUCAGCAUGCCAGAGGACCCAGAUCUCAGAAACAGCACUUUUGAGCAUGUGCAGGACAUGAUCAAUGAUGCGCUAAACAUUCUUCUGAAUGAGCCUACCAGUAAGAAGAUUGAACCCAGUUUCUCAAACUUUACGAGCAUAUUAAACCAAAUCAAUGCCAAUGUGGACUACACCUUCCAAGACAGCGAUGAGAAACGACCUGUGAGCUUCCUCAAUGAGCUCCGUUCACUGAUGGGACUGACCACUACAACAGUGCCUCCACAGGCAAGCGUCUUCCCUGUGACAUCUGUACUGGAAACAUCUGGUUCAGCAGUGGUGACAAGCAGACUAGUGUUCAACUCCUCAUCUCCAGUCCCCAGUGAAGAUCUGGUGCUCAGUGCCUUCACCACUCUGAGAAACACCAGAGAGUCACAACUCAAUGACACAGUGAAAGUGGUGAAUGUCACCUUUGAAAAAGUCUCGGACACCUCAUAUGCUCUCAUCAUCACAUUUUCUCUGAGUAACAUCAGCAUUCCACAAAACCCAGAACUCAGAAACUACACUUUCAAUAAAGUGAAAAAUACAGUCAACAAAGCGGUAAAUAUUCUUAAUUCAUCCAAUCAAAGAGUUGUAUCCGAUGACAAUCCUCCCUGGUAUUGA